GGAAGGAAGGUGUUGGUCUCUGUGUGCUAAUGAAUCUCCAUUGUCAAACGAACUUCAACUGCAGAAGAUGCUGUAGAUGUUGGCUCCUUUUUCCAGAUACCAUUGACUCAAACCUUCAGCCUGAUCAUGACUGAAUGAUUGAAAAUCCUCACAGAUUGUUGUCAGUAUUAUUACAGUGUCCAACAUGUAGGAUGGAGUUUGUGGUUAAAUUCAGUUUCUUUCACUAAAGGAAACUUUUAACAUUAUAAUCAAACUAUUGGGAAUGUGAAACCUUAUAAUGACAAACUCUUCACAGGUUUUAUUCUUCUUCCUGACUGCUUAUAUUGACUCUGGGGUUCUGGCGUAUUUAUAUUUCACUGCUGUUUUGCUUUUGUAUAUUUUAAUCAUCGUUUCCAACGUCCUGCUGAUCGCGGUGAUCUGUGUGAACCGGAGCUUACAUGAACCCAUGUACAUGUUCCUCUGCAGCCUGUUUGUGAACGAACUGUACGGCAGCUCAGGCUUGUUUCCCUUCCUGCUGGUUCAGAUCCUCUCUCAUCUUCACUCAGUUGCUGCUCCGUUCUGCUUGCUUCAGGUUUUUAUCGUCCAUUCGUACGGGGCUGUUGAAUUUCUAAACCUAGCUGUCAUGUCGUAUGACCGCUACCUCGCUAUCUGCUACCCUCUGCAGUACAACACCAGGAUGACACCAACCAAGAUCGCAGCGCUCAUCGCUGUGAGCUGGCUGUAUCCGUUUGUGGCGAUGUCCUUCAUGAUGUCUCUGGUGCCAGUGAAGCUGUGUAGGAACCAGAUUAACAAAGUCUACUGUGACAUGCACUCUCUGGUCAAACUGGCCUGUUCAGAUGCAGCAUUAACCAACAUUUAUGGACUUUUUGCUACGUUCAGCACCAUCUUCAUCUCUUUGCUCCUGAUCCUCUACAGCUACAUCAAGAUCCUGGCUGUGUGUUUCUCUGGGUCCAAACAGACCCGUCAGAAGGCUGUGAACACCUGCACACCUCACCUGGCCUCCAUCUUAAACUUUUCCUGUGGUGGAAGUUUUGAGAUUUCCCAGAGCAGAUUUGAUAUGAGUUUUCUGCCAAAUGUUCUGCGGAUUUUUCUGUCGCUUUACUUCCUGACUGCCCAGCCUCUUUUUAACCCGCUGAUGUACGGCCUGAAGAUGUCAAAAAUCAGAAAUAUUUGUAAAAGUCUAAUUAUGAAUUCUGAAUAUUUUAAAAAAGCAUAAUACAUAAGAAUAAAAGUAAUGUUUUUAGUGCCUGAUGUUCACAUUUAUAUCAAAUCCAAGAUUUUAUUGGUUCCAUAUAUAUGGCUUCCAACUCCAGAGGAUUUUUAAAACAUCUUUAAAAAGAUUUCAUUAAACCAUUUUUUUCCUCUAACAUGUCUUAAGCACAAAAAGACAGGAAAGCAUUUUAGAAAGAUUCCCAGAAGAAAGUCUGAUAAUUUUAGUAUAAUGUAAAACCAACUGAAAGGCGGUUUUUAGUUUUUAGAAAAGCUGCAUCUAUAACUUUUAAAUUAAAUCCAAUGUCUAUCAAAAUGGUGCAAAAGUGGAGAAAAAUAUGAGAAUAAAGAAUUUCUUCCUGCAUAAAUGUGAGUUUCACCUGGCUGCUCUCUAACAUCUUUAGAUCAACUAUAAUGAUUUAUUUUUUUGUUUGUUUUUGCAGAUUCUUCUCAGAAAGUUAUUGUAGAGAAAUUUAUUGUUUAUAAUUUGUAUUUGUUCUGGUAAAUAUAGAGAAGUCAUGCAUAAAGCUGUCAGAUAGCGUAAACAUGCACAGAGGUGGAUCUGGUCAUCUAACAAACUGGAUCUGGGUUUGGUCCAAAGAUUUACACUGAGGGUAACCAAAAAAGGCAAGAUACGCAUCCCUGACUCUGUUUAUAGUUUACAGUUUAUGCUGAGGUAAGAACCAAACAUCAGAAACUGUGUGCUGUGUGUCUGCAUGAAGAGAGACUGACUUGAUAGUUUAUUGGAG